AUGAAGUUCACAAACAUUGUUCUGGCCGCCAGCGCCGCCAGCGUGGCUUGCGCGUACCCCCGAGACAGAAACGUUGUUCCCUCCAAGCAGAGUGCUGAGAUCAAGAAGCGUGCUGCCAAUGGAUUCACUUGGGUCGGUGUCAGCGAGUCCGGUGCCGAAUUCGGCAGCAACAUCCCCGGUACUUUGGGCCAAGACUACGCCUGGCCCAAGACUUCCCAGAUUCAGAUCCUGAGAGAUGCCGGCAUGAACAUUUUCCGUGUACCCUUCUUGAUGGAGCGCCUGGUGCCUACCAGCAUUACUGGCGCCCCGGAUGCCACUUACCUGGCUGACCUCAAGUCUACCAUCAAGUUCAUUACCGACAGCGGUGCCUACGCCGUCCUUGACCCCCACAACUACGGAAGAUACCAUGGCAACAUCAUCAGCUCGACCUCCGAUUUCAAGGCCUUCUGGACUACCGUUGCUACCGAGUUCGCCUCCAACGAGAAGGUUAUUUUCGACACCAACAACGAGUACCACGAUCUUGACCAGACUCUCGUCCUGGACCUGAACCAGGCCGCCAUUGACGCCAUCCGUGCCGCUGGUGCCACCAGCCAGUACAUCUUCGUCGAGGGUAACGCAUGGACCGGCGCCUGGUCCUGGACCGACCACAACGACAACCUCAAGGCCCUUACCGACUCUGAGGACAAGAUCGUCUACGAGAUGCACCAGUACCUUGAUGGCGACAGCUCUGGCACUUCCGAGUCCUGCGCCAGCCCCACCAUUGGCAAGGAGCGUCUCCAGUCCGCCACCGCCUGGUUGCAGGAGAACAACAAGAGGGGUUUCAUCGGCGAGUUCGCCGGUGGUGUCAACGCCGACUGCCAGGCUGCCGUUGAGGGCAUGCUCGCCUACAUGUCCGAGAACAGCGACGUCUGGAUGGGUGCCGAGUGGUGGUCCGCCGGUCCUAUGUGGGGAUCUUACAUGUACAACUUGGAGCCCAGCAACGGCCCUGCGUACGCUUCCUACCUCCCCAUCCUCGAGAAGUACUUCGUCGACAGCGUUGCCUCUAUCAUUUCCCCCUCUUCCUCUUCUUCAUCCGGCUCCAAGGCUGCCGCCAAGCCUUCUACCACUGCCGCCGGCGUCGAGAUCACCUCCAUCCCCAGCAGCAACGUCCAGGCCUUCAGCUCCGUGAUUGAGCCUUCCAGCGCGACUGUCUCCGCUUCUGCCGAGGUUUCCGUCGCUGUUGCUCCCGUUGUCUCCUCCGCCACUACUGCCGCCCCGACUACCCUUGUCACUGUCACUGCCACUGCCAAGCCCCACACUGCCAAGCCCUCUAAUGCCAAGCCUUACACUGCUAAACCCUACACUGCCAAGCCCUUCACUCAGUGUGGUGGCAUCAACUGGACCGGCCCUACUGUCUGCGAGGCCGGUACCACCUGCGUCAAGCAGAACCCAUUCUACUACCAGUGUGUCAACUAA